AUGAUACAGGAAAUAUUACAAUUGCCAAUCGUUGAUAAAACGCAAAAAUCAUUGACUAUAGAUCAAGCUUUGAAUGAAAGCGGUAAUGACGACACAAGAGACAUAUUAGAAAAAAUAAAAGCGAUAAAUGACGGCUUGAGGAAACCAAUUAGACGACAGCAGAUUAAUUGGAACCCGCCCCUAACUGAAUCGACUCAAGCACUGAAUAAAGAAAUUCUUGAGAAACUACAACAAAUAAUCGCUUCUGGUAAACUUAAUGGUGUCUCUAAUCCAGACAAAGAACAGGACGAACCUUCUGAGAGUCUCAACGAUUUAAGAUAUUCGAAACAAAUUAACCUGUUUCCCAGAAAUCGAAUAGCACCUGCUAUGACAGUUCCAUACCUGACAAAUAUGCCUGUCCUUAUCAUACCCAGUUUAUACGGGGGGCUUCCUAACGGAGAGCUAAGUGAUACAGAUUUACAACAAGCGUAUUAUCAAACUAGACAGAGCCCAACACCUUCGUCACCAUCACCGUUUCAAUUUCAAUGGCCAUUUGCUAGUUUCUUCCCAGUUCUGAUAAGAGACCCCUUCAUUAGCAUUCUAAAUGGAGGUGGGUGGAACAGUUUUAUCGAGUAUGGACAAAAUGCUGAUGUUUGUACAAGAAAACAAAAAGCAGCUGAAAAAGAUAUACUACUACAAGAUAAUAUUUUAGAAAACGAAGAAACGUUAAAUGACAACAAAUUUAAAUUAAUUGAUAGAUUAAAUUCAAGAGAAGGAAGAGCCAUCAGAAAGCGCACUAUACCUCAUGGGUCUGGACAUCAAGUAAUUGAAGAUACAAAAUUUAUGAAAAUUUCUAGAACAAAACCCACCACAACUCAAAGACCUUUCCAAAUAACAAAACUUGACCAUAAAACGAAGACUUCUGAAGAAGGAGAUCUACGAUUUCCUUUCGGAGACUUUACGUGGUUUGGAAAUAAGAAACCAGUCGCACCAAGUCCUGGAUUUUUCAUCAACAGGCUUAAAGUGAGAAGGGGUGGUGUUGCGAUAGCGGGGCCUGGAGGUGUAGCUACAGCUGGGAAAGGAGGAACAGCUAUUGUAGGCCCUGGAGGACUUGCCUAUACACAGCCCGGAGGCCUAGCAGUUGCCGGACCAGAUGCUCGAGUUGUUGCUCUGUCCUCAGAGGCCGAUCUUACUUCAAUCGUUUCCCGUCUUCAGCAACAAAAACAAAACGGGCGAGGAGGAGAAAAUCAACGGAACGGAAGAAGAUAUGAAGGAUUCGAUCGCGGAUCAGACGAAUACAGAUACAACGGAGUAACGUUUGAGAAAUCGCCGAGGAAGAUGGAAUAUAACGACUUCAUGAUUUUCUUGAAGCCAAUAGCUCAUGCCGUAAGCUCCAAGGGAGUUGCAAUUGCUAACCCAAUAUCUGAAGUUGUAAUAGCGCGUAACAAAACAGGAUCAAUUGUCCACACGCCAGUAGCAGCAGCUGUUGUUGGACCAGGAGGAGUAGCGCAUGCCCAGCUUGUACAAUAUAUACCGUUCUAUGGAGGCGCUAAGGGCCAAUAUUUAGAAAUUAAGAAAAACAAUCUUGGAAACAUCACCAGCGAAUCAAUUGUAUCACAAGAUAAAAUAAGCAGUGACGUCGCAGAAAACAAUGAAGAGAAUUUACUCUCGAAACUGUUCAAAAAGAAUUUGCAAAGCUUGCGGAGUACUUCAGGUACCCUUAUUAAACUGCAUAAUCUAGGGAAGAAGACUGGCUCCUUAAGCAACACAGAGAAAGAAAGAUUUAAAACGCAAUUAUCAUCACUAGAAGAAACUGUAUCAAACAUAAUCAAACUAAUUGAAGAUAUUGGAGAUGACGUUGAUGUACUUUUCAAAAAAACUAAUUCUUUAAGGCGUACGGAAGAUCAGUACGUGGAUGACGAAGCUGGUGACGGUGACGUGUCAGAAGAAGGAAUCAGUAUUGAAGCAAGUGCUGAACCCGUCAAUGAAUACGAAAAGGAAAUAGUUGCUGAAGCUAAGCCAGUUGGUCUAGCCGUUAUAGGAGAGCAUGGUUUAGCAGCCUCUAGACCAGUUGGUACAGCGGUAGCAUUAAAAGGAAUAGCUAUAGCCCGACCCAUAGGAACGGCUAUUGCUGGCAUUGAUCCUAGCGUUUUAGGUAUCAACUUCCAAAUUAACCAUUUGGCUAGGAGUAAAGGAUAUUGAAUAGACAUAAAUACAUG